GUACCAUAGUUAGGCUUGAAGAGGCAGCUCUAAAGCAGCUAGCUUAGCAUCUUCCUUCAACCUCUUCGCUUCUCAAAACUAGCUAGCUCUCUCUCCCUCCUUCUCUCACUAGAUCGACUGGACCCCAUUUCUCUUAUCACUCAAAUCCCGCAAAAAGUAUGGUCGGACCGUCACUUCACACCACCAAGCUCCACCUCAAAGCCCCCUCCACCGCCACCGCCACCGCCACCAUCAAGUUCCUCUGCAGUUACGGUGGCAAGAUCAUCCCCCGUUUUCCCGAUGGUAAACUCCGUUAUCAAGGUGGCGAGACCCGUGUCAUCGGCGUCGACCGUUCCAUCUCCUUUGCUGAGUUAUUGUUGAAGCUUGGAGAGUUGUGUGGCACAUCAGUGAGUCUCCGUUGUCAGUUGCCAAAAGAAGAUCUAGACGCUCUGGUAUCGAUCACCUCGGAUGAGGAUCUAGCAAAUCUCAUCGAGGAAUACGAUCGAGCAGGAGCAGCAACCCCGACUGCAUCUUUAAAGAUCAGGGCCUUCCUUUCGCUCCCGAAAAAAGUAUAUUCUUCCUCUUCCAAAUCAUCCUCAUCCUCCUCCUCCUCCUCCUCCUCCCCCUCCUCACCCUCUAAUAGCUAUGGUGGUGCCACCAUUGCUUCAACUUCUACCACUCCAAGGUGCUACUAUCAUCAGAUGUCGAAGCCAGUAGCGUUUUCUUCAAAGAAGAAGACUCCUCCGCCUCCUCAGUAUCAAUAUGGUUACCAUGCUCAUGGGAAUCCUGGCCAUAUCUACCUUGUUCACAACGGGAAUCAUUGGCAAUAACUGCAGACUCAAUUGAACUGAGACCGGACAUAUUUGGCAUAUAUAAAUGGAAAGAACAACGUAUAAUAUAACUAAAGAAAAAGAGAAUUGGAAAUGGGAAUACUGGAGCUUGCAGUAGCUAAGAUGAUCAUGAGAUAUAUGUAUUUGGUGACUGUAAAUCGUUAAGAAGGGAUUGCUUUUUUUGGUCCUGAAAAUGAAUGAAUUUCCAGUCCAAUGUUUUCAUUUGGGUUCAAAAGCUUUUUGUGAUGGUGGGUUUUGGAUCAUCUUUUCCAGUACUACUGUGCAUAACAGCUCUUUCUUUCGUUCCUUGCCAAUUCCAUUCCCAUUCGCGUCCAGUAGAUGCCUUGUGUUGUUUGCAAGAUCCUUCCUAGUUGCGUUGGGUGCCGAGCUCUCCUCCUUAUCCAUUAUUUUUCUCGUGGCUUGUUAUUAACGUGCCCAUCACCCAUCAUUUAUGUGUUGCUGCGUUAUCGAUCUGUAUCGUCUUCCCCAGUUCGCUUUUCAUAGUUCCGUUGCAAACAGUUUCCUUCUCUGUUCUAUUUUUUGGCGUGUCAUGGUUGAACACGAGGAGCUUAAAGGAAUCAACAUCCAAGAUGACAAGAAAACAUUUUAAUGAAGGAAUCCAUAUGCACCAGCAAGCGAAAUGGUUUUCUUCCACUUUGUGAUUUGUGAUAGACUGACACUGGUGAUAGUGAAUCAUGCAUGGGUCAUAGCUAACUGACCAGAUACAGCCAUGGAGUAAUAAUCCAAAGGUGAGAUCGGAAGAAAUUUGAUUUUUUUAAUUUUUUUUUACUUUAAACUAUUUUUUUUAAUGUUUUCAGGUCUAUAUAUAUAUUUUAAAUAAAAAACAGACCGCUCUGACGCUGGAAUGGAAAAGGAUCAACUCUGGGGAGAGCUGCGAGAGUGUCCCUUCCCAUGGCGAUGACAGCUUAUAAACAUAUUAAAUGGAAAACAUAUACAACAUUAAACAAGUGAUAAUUAAAAAAUAUAUAUUAUUUGGAAGGCACAAAUUAAGAGACCCUUGUCGAGCUAAUGAUUUUAUUCCAAGAAAUUAAAUAGUUUUCUUUUUUUAAAGAAAAAUAACUUCAGCAGAGAUUUUUUUCUUUUAACCAGCAUGGUUGAAAAAAAUUACAAAAAAUAGCAUAAUUUAGAUAAUUAUGCUAUUAAAAAUAGCAUGAUCAAUAAAAAUUUAUUAUCAGUAACACAAGAAAUUAAAAAAAAAUUUAACAUUUGCGUAACUAGUAAUAAAGCAACCUUUUAAAUUUUUGCAAGGUUUAUGCUAUUUCUAGUAACACAACCAUUUAAAUAUUAAUCGAACUAUUCAUUCAAAUUGAUUUUUUUUUCCCUGAAAUGUACCAGUUUGCAAAAGAGAUUCUUAAUAUUAAAAAACAAGGAAGAGCACUCACGAGAAAGGAUCUCCACACACUUAGCAUUCAAAGGAAGAUAUUCUUAUAGCAUAAGAUUAAUUGGAGAUGCUCGGUCUAAUCCUGUGAGCCAAGCAAAAGAGUUGAAGGGGAGUCCCCACCACCAUGUGCAAUCUUUUUCUUUCCAAAUGAUCAAAUCAGACGCCGUUGUCACCGUCACCCAGACCAAGAGCUAGGAGUCGUUUUCAAAAGAACGAAAGGACCAGCACCACCAUAUCUCCAUAAGAACUUAAAGGAAUGGCUAUCUCAUGGAUCCCACAAAGUCAAUAAUCCGCGCUUGUGAACAUGGGAAUGCAGUGGGAAGAUUUGAAACUGACGACGACCGGCUUGGAUUACUGGUGGCCUAGGCCACCCUUGAGAAGAUCGAGCAAGAUGAAUAGUAUGAUCUACAGCGAAGAGAUAAAAGAACAGAGAGGCGGGAGAGGUAGGAAGCUACAAGACUGUUUUUUCGGUCAAUGCUUUGCAGGGUUCUUCUACCUAUGGUUAAUUUCAUGCUCAAAACAUUCCCUUACUCUUAUUAAUGUUACUAUUCUAUGUAUUUUUAUCUUCGUUGGCUGGUGAGUGGCGUGGUAAAUGUUAUUUUUCAAGUAUAGAGAAUUUGAUAUA